AUGGACUUCGUUACAGGAUUACCCCAUAUACCUAGGGAUGUUGAUGCUAUAUGGAUCAUUGUGGAUAGGUUGACAAAGACGGCACAUUUCAUUACCAUCAAAGUCACCUAUUCUGUGGAUAGAUUGACCCGCUUGUACAUUGAUAACGUGUAUGGGAAGAAGUGCCGAACUCCCUUGUAUUGGGACGAAGUAGGUGAGCGGCGCAUUCUUGGGUUAAAACUGAUACAAAAAACCUAUGAGAAAGUGGAUUUGAUCCGGGAAAGAAUUAAAGCUGCCCAGUCUAGGCAAAAAGGCUAUGCCGACCAGAGGCGAAAGGACCUGGAGUUCCUCGUCGGUGACAAGGUAUUUCUCAAGGUGUCGCCUACAAAAGGGGUGAUGCGAUUCAGCAAGAAAAGUAAAUUAAGUCCGAGGUAUAUUGGGCCUUACGAGAUUCUUGCAAAGGUUGGACCGGUGGCAUAUCGGUUAGCACUUCCACCAUCUCUCGACGUCGUACACGACGUCUUUCACAUAUCUAUGUUGUGGAAGUAUGUACAUGACCCCAGUCAUAUCCUGUCUCAGGAACCACCAGAGCUGGUGGCAGAUAUGUCUUAUAAGGAACAGCCCGAGAAGAUUCUAGACAGUAAGGUGGUAAAUCUCCGCAACGGACCUAUUCAUUAUGUGAAGGUGAAGUGGUGCAACCACACGGAAGAAGAAGCUUCCUGGGAAGUCAAGGUAGAAAUGCGAAUGAAAUACCCUUCCCUGGGAUUUCUACAAGAUUCUGCUGCCGUGUAUGCUGGUAGUGGAUAUUUAGCUGGCCUGGAUGUACAACCUACAGACUAUGAUGGUAUUGGUACAGAGGAACCUGGUUACGUGUCAGAGGAACACGACGAUAGUUGCCCCUGCGAUGAUUGUGCCUAUGGGCACUGA